AUGUCAGUAGCCAGAACUAAAAAAAAUUUGGAGAAGUACAAAGACAAGCGGCGAAGAGAUGCGUUAAGAAAGGAUUUAUUUAACAAGAUUAGCUCUGCAAGCCUGGCCUGUUCCGUUACAGAAAAAGGAAUUGGUGUAGAUGGUAGAUCUAUUUGUUUUACUAAAGCCGAUCAACCAAAUAGACAAAAAAAAACGAGCAGGAGCAGGAAUGAUGCAAAGAACGGAAAGGCUGAAAAGAAGCGUUUUUGUGAAAUGGAACCAGCAAUAACACUGAGGAUGGCAGAAUCUGAUAUACCAAGGGAAUAUGAAGACCAAAUUGAAAACGAGGAUGUGUACAAGGAUUCCUGUACAGAAGAUUGCCACACAUCCACAAAGAAUGAAAAAAAAGCUCAGAUAUAUAGCGGUUUUUGUUUCAAUAGAACAGAAAAGAUAAAAAAGUUGAGAGAGAAGUUACCAAUUGUUUACCAGGAAGACGAAAUUAUUUCUUCGAUACGCGAGAAUAACAUAGUCUUCGUGAGUGGAAGCACUGGCUGCGGUAAAUCAACGCAAGUGCCACAAAUGCUCCUUGAAAACAACUUUAGACAAAUUUUAAUGACUCAGCCACGAAGAAUCUCGUGCGUGAGCAUAGCAGAAAGAAUAAACUACGAGACCAAUGAAAAGGUGGCAGCAUACAGAUUUAGAUUCAAUAAUAACAUAACGCCAAAAACGAGAAUACAAAUUGUAACAGAUGGUAUUUUACUCAAGGAGAUGAUAAAUGAUGUCAUGCUAUCGAAUUAUGAUGUGGUUAUAAUUGACGAAGUGCAUGACUUGACGAUUAACUUGGAAGUACUGCUGCCUUUGCUUUCUAGAUGGGCAAAGAUACGCAAGAACGUUAAGGUUAUUCUGAUGAGUGCCACACCACACGACAAAGUCAAGGAUCUUUUUUCUGAUUAUGGUGAAGUAAGAGUAAAAUCUAUUCUGUAUCCUGUUGCUGUACACUACGCAGACACUGAUCUACGGCACCAUUGGCAUGGCAAGCUUUGCAAGUCGGAUAAAUAUAAACCGGAUGGAAUAGAUGUAAGUAGUCAAUUUGCUUCAUAUGACCGAGUCAAAGGUGAAGCGGAAAUAAUGGACAGAGUGCUGGAAAUUGUUAACAAAGGACAAGGCAGUAUCCUUGUGUUUCUUACAUCCAAGGCACAAAUUUAUUCGAUGAUCAAAAACUUGGGAGAAAUUAACGAUCAAAUUGACUUUAUACCACUUCACGCCUCGUUGUCGUUGGCGAGUCAGCAAAGAAUCUACAGCAACAGAAGAAAGUGCGUUUUAGCUACAAAUUACGCCGAAACAGGUCUGACCAUACCAGCGAUAAAAUACGUAAUAGACUGUGGGUACGAAAAAAGUUGUAUCAGCGAUGGUACACUGCGCUCAUAUCCUGUUAUACCUAUUUCGAAAUCCUCGGCUGAGCAGCGAAGGGGAAGGGCAGGGCGAACAGAGGCUGGUGAAUGCUAUCGUAUUUAUAACCCAACGUUCUUCGAAAACAUGGGAAAAUUUAGCACCCCACAGUCGGAGAACACGAGUUUGGAUUAUUUUUUGCUGGUGCUGUUCCACUUCAAGGUAAGAAAAAAUAUUUUUAUUAAUCAGCUAAGUAACGAAAAGCUGGAGAAGAGUCGGAAGGUAUUGGAAAGAAUAGGCGCAAUAAAGAACAGUAAGAUCACAAAAUUAGGUAGUUUGAUCGUAAAAUAUCCAUUUGAACCGCGAUUAUCUGUUAUAUUACUGAAAUAUAGUUUUGAUGAAAUCAAGUUAAUAAUUGCCAUUUUAGAUUCUGAUAUAGAGAUAAAAAGAGAGGAUUUCGAGCACUUGUAUCAUAACGAUAUUUCUGAUUUAUUUGUAAAAGCAAAAAUAAUAUUGUCACACAGAAAUAUAAACAAUAAUCUGCACGAUAAGGAGUUGUUAAAUAGCUGUGCGAAAGUACCCGGCACGAAAAGAGGUGAAGAAAAGUGUGCGAGUAAAAUGGGCAAUAUUGGUGGUAAAAUUAGAGAUAUACUCGAAUAUGAUAAUUUAAAGGAUAAAACAUUUAAUUUUACGAACGAUAUCAAGCGAAAAAUUGCUAAAAUACUGUUUAUCACGUAUUAUGAUCAUUUAUGUAAGAGGGUGCAUGACGAAUACUAUUUUAACGGUUCGAAAGUGUACAUUGAUCGCAAUUCAAAGGAUAUUGACAGCGAGUAUUUUGUAUUUCAAUAUCUGACAGAAAAAAAUGGAAAAAAAUAUGCUGUCAAUAUAACAGAAGUGGAUAAGGAGUGGUUAAACAUAGAAAAUUUAAAGAUAUAAGAUGUGUAAUUUAAGAUGUAUUAGGUUUAAGAGCAUAGCUGACCGAACAAAUACGAUCUCGGACGCAUGUGCUAUCAAAGGAUCAGUUCUUUGUCAGUGUGUCAUAGAUUAACUUAUUAUUUUGGUGCACUGACCAAAUUACGUUUUUACGUGUUAGAAAUUAUAAGAAAGUAUCAUAAUAGCGAAUUAAAAUGUCA